AUGUCUACUGUUGCAGAUUACGAAUUAAAAGCCAAAGAAUUAAUUUCUAGCAAUAAAUUCUUCCAACUGAUUGCAAAUUGGUGUCCGGACUGUCAAUACACCAAUUCCAUUCUAACCAAGUUUGAUGUCUUACAGAGGUUCAAGACUUUAGAUAUCGGUGAUCUACCAAAGGAUGAACAAGAGACGUGGAGGGUAGCUUUCAAGAAUGUAACUGGGAGCAGAAACUUGCCAACCAUCUUUAUUGAUGGAAGAAUCUGGGCUACUGAGACUGAAAUUCAUAACUGUGAGGAUGGCAAUGUAUUGCCGGCAAAAUUCAAAGAAGCUGGACUACUAUGA